AUGGCUAGAGCUCUCAAGUCUUUUGCCCUCUUGUUUAUUCUUCUUCUUGCUUCUCUCCUCUUAAGCUCCAAGCUUUCCCCAACAGAAGCUCGACCGCUGAAGCCAUCACGCAAUGGUGUCGCUAGAGAGAAUGAGGGCUUCUUCACCACAGUGGAUGGUUCAGGACCAAGCGGCCCUGGUGUUGGACACAGAUCUGUGAGCCUUCAAACUAGUCUAGCAAAUGUCAAGAACUCUGGCCCUAGCCCUGGUGAAGGCCAUCAUUGA